UUUUUCUUUAGGUUCAUAAUUCGAAAGCUUUUCCAAAAGGAGGUAUUUCUAGAAAACAAAUCGAAAACGAAAAGUUAAGAAUGAAUGAAUCUUCAGAAGAUGAAGCUGAAAUUGGGAUGAUGCCCCCCACAAAGAAGGCAAGAAUUGACGCUGUUGGCCAGGCCAGGCGGACGGACAGCACAGAUGGACGGGUCAGAAAGUCCACGUUAGUUGUCACUGAAAAGAGGAAAGAACCAACAUAUAACAAUUUCGCUGAGAAAAUGAUGGCCAAGAUGGGUUACAAGAAAGGGACAGGUCUGGGGAAGGCCGCUCAAGGUCGUGUGGAAAUUGUGGAGGCAUCACAACAGCGGGGUCGGAGGGGUCUCGGCCUUACUGUGAAGGGGCUAGAACCCUCUGCAGAUGUUGAAUGGUCUGAAGAAAAUGAUCCAGUGAUUUUAGAGGAGACUGUGGAGUGGCUGCCUAGCUGCAGGGAACCAGUGCCUGACCUUGACACUCUUCGCUCAUGGAAAAUUGUCGGACCAAAAAAGAGAAACAUAGAUGAUGAAAACAAGUUCUGCUCAGAUGAAACAUUAACAGAUGUUUUAUCUUCCAAAAGUAUAUUUGACACCCUGGAACCAGAGGAGAUGAGAAAGGCAAGAACCCGGUCCAACCCCUAUGAAACAAUUCGUGGAGUAUUCUUCCUGAACAGAGCCGCCAUGAAGAUGGCUAACAUGGAUGCUGCACUCAACUUUAUGUUCACAAGUCCCAAAUAUCCGGAUGGAAGAUCUAUGUUGGGCCACAAUGACAUCCUGUACUUUGCGGAUGUUUGCGCGGGCCCGGGUGGGUUUAGCGAGUAUGUCCUGUGGAGAUCCAAGGCGGAAGCUAAGGGGUUUGGACUCACUCUUAGGAAAUGCAAUGACUUUAAACUUGAGGACUUCUUCGCUGGACCUCCUGAAAUGUUCGAGCCCCAUUAUGGUGUGGGUGGGGCUGAAGGAGACGGGGACAUUUUCCGACCGGACAACCAGGAGACCUUUAUCAAAUAUGUCCUAGAGAACACAGAUGGGCUUGGUGUCCACUUUGUUAUGGCAGAUGGGGGUUUCUCCGUGGAGGGUCAGGAGAACAUACAGGAGAUCUUAUCCAAGCAGCUGUACCUCUGCCAGUGUCUUGUUGCUAUCUCCAUCAUACGUACAGGUGGUCAUUUUGUAUGUAAGUUGUUUGACCUGUUUACGCCAUUCAGUGUGGGACUGGUUUACCUCAUGUACCGGAUAUUUGACAAGGUCUCCAUCUUUAAACCAGUCACAAGCAGACCUGCCAAUUCUGAAAGGUAUAUCAUAUGCCAGGGUCUGCGGCCUGACAAGGAGCCUGUUCAACAGUACUUCCACGAAAUCAACGUUGAUCUCAACCACUACCUGUCCACCUUCUCAAAAGAGGACAUUAACGAGAUAGUCCCCCAUUCAUUGCUUCAAAAUGAUGGACCUUUCUUUGAAUACAUCUACAACUCUAAUGACAAUCUUGGAGAGCUACAAAUCAUCGGCUUGAAAAAAAUCAGAGCUUUCACACAAAACACUAAUCUGAUGGACACCAGGCAGUCAGAUGUGAGGGAUAAACUGCUGGAAAUAUGGAAGGUGGACAAUAAAGUGCGUGUGGCACCACCAAAAAAAAGUCCACAAGAAAAGUGUGAGGAAUUGCUCAAAAAUGAGGACAGUUAUUUCAGCCACGUGACAGAGCAGCUGAGCCUGGAGAAUCUGCGCUCCAUCAAGAGUGUGUAUGACUACCGGUGUAUGGUGACGGGGAGUCUUCCAGACAAGCGUUUCUACCUGCUAGGGCUCGGGAGAUCCCAUGUGUUCCAGCAGUCAUGCAAGAUGAAGGGUCGCUGGGUGAAGCCAGAGGAUGGACUACGUCUAGAACUUCCCAGGGACACACUUAUAGAAGCUGAGAUUGUUACAGAGCUACGUGGGGAGGGUACUGGACAGAGGAAAGUGACCACCAUCCAUGCCUUGGAUGCUCUCUUCUUGUUUGGCCGGGAUGUUCGGAAUCUACAUUUUAAUGAUAGGAUCCAGAAGUUGCGGAGGUUUGUCAAGUGUAUAACGAAGCUCACCCGGUCUGAUCUUGUCCGCAUUGUUGUGCCUGAGGUGUACAGAUUUGAGCAAAUCAACCAUAUAUUCAACAGACUGGAACUGAAGAAGGUGAAAGGCGGUGGACCGGUGGAGAGGCUGUGUUAUUGCCCUAGGGAAUACACUGAUGGCAGAUUCUUCAGACCUACAGGCAUCUACAUCAUCAGGACUGUGAAAGAGCCAUGGACGAUGCAGUGGAGCAAGUCUAAGGGCAGAAAAUAUUUCUUUAACCUUCACAAGGGCCAGUCAGAUUUUGACUGUCCACCAGAUAGCAUUGCCAAAGUUAGGGACACAAAGCUUCACAGCUUUCACUGGGUGUGGGAGGAGGGUGUGAAGCUGCUGCCAGGCCAGCCCGGGCCCGAGGAUGACUCCAAACUCUCCAAGGCGACCGUGUUGGAGUACCUCCAAAGGAUCAUGCCUCACACAUGACCCUCGCCAACAGUUGUGAUAUUAGUUGUGACAAUGGAUUAACAUCCACAUUGGCAUGUUUUAAACUACUGUGUUAUUUAAGUGAAACAGAGUGAUCCACAGUAUGUUUCAUAUGAAUUGGAAUUAUUACUGUUGGACUGCAAUGGAAUUUUAAACCAUCAAACUGUUAUGGUAAUUCAUGUGUAUACACAUACACUCUAAAUCAUUUACUAGUGAACACUUAGAUGGAUCAGUGUAAGACAAAACUAACUCCUAUUUUUAAAUGGCGUUGUAGCCGUCUUGUGCUUAGCCCUCAAGUUGUGUACAUAUCUGUCACUUUUAUUUCUGUACAAAAGCUGAUUCUGGAAUUUACCAUCGAGACAUUAUCUUGUGUUGUUGUAAACAGCUGCCAAUGGUAAAACAAUCAGUGUUAUACAGCUAUAUAUGGUUCAUUUGAACACCCUUGUUAUGAAAGUUUUAUCAUUGUUUUAAUUUGUUUUGAGUAAAUCAACUGUUAAAACUGUUUGCUCAGUUUGUUAUGCAUAAUUAUUAUUUAUUUUUCUCAAAGAAAUAACAAAAAUCAUGUUAGGUUCUUAAUUAUUAUUAUGCAUUGUUGUAAUAAAAGACACAUUCUCUUAUGAUGCUCUACACAUCACUUCCAUUGAAAACCAUUUGUAGUUACAAAAGAGCAUGAAUGUAAUGUGUAUUAAACACAGCUUCCCACUCUGUUAUACAAUUUUGUUUCAUUGAAAUUUCAGGUAUAUGAGCCAAGAUUACCACAAAUGUAUUGCCAUGAAAUCCUGCAUGGGCUGACUUGAAGUGUGACUUGUCAUCUAUGAAUUAUAGGGCAAAAUACACCAAUUCGGAAGCCUUAUUUCUUAACACAUAACAGUGAAUUAACGCAUGGGAAAACCAUCUCCAGCCAUUUGGCUACAUUCCAUAUUAAUAGGUUUUGAAGCUGAAUGGUUUGUGAUUUCAAAAACAGGCUGAACAUGCUGGAUCUACUUGAUCUACUUUUUUGUUUACAUUUUCACAACAUUGUACACCUAUACCGGAUUUGGUCAUGUUAUCAAAUACAGUUGUUAAGUUCAAUUAAAUAUUUCUUAUAAGCAA